ACACAUACCCAGCUUGACUUUAUUAAAAAAAGAAUAUUAUUAUUAUCUAUCCAAAAGAGAGGAGGAAGGAAGUUGUAGAAUAGAAAUUGGGAAGGGAUGAGCAUGGCGUGUGGGUGUUGGUACUACAACUGCUGCCCCUCAUCAUCAUCACAGUUAUUAUUACAGUGGAAUUAUUCAUCAUCCUCGCUUUCUGUCUCAACAAUGAAGAAGAAGAAGAAGCGUCUUCCUAAUAGUAGUGUGUUUGUUUGUGUCUCCUCUAAAUCCAAUUACGAUAAUGAAAUUGAUAAAUCAUUUGAGUCGGAGUCGAUUAAAGGUUCGGGAACCACGGCGAGAGGUAGGAGAUUGCUUAGAAUCCGGCAAGACAAACAGCAACGUGAAUACGAACGUCUUCAUAACUACCCUCAAUGGGCAAAAAUCCUUGAAAAUGCUUGCAAAGAAGAUACUGAGCUACGCGCUGUCCUUGGAGAUAGUAUCGGCAACCCUCAACUCAUGAAGGAGCGGGUAGAAGAAAGAAUUCGUAAAAAGGGUAAAGAUUUUCGCAGGUCCAAAACUGGCUCUGUUGUUGCCUCCAAAGUCACAUUUAGAGACUUCAAUCCACUUGAUUCAUAUAUCUGGUUUGAAUUCUAUGGAUCACCAUCUGAUCGCGACGUUUAUCUAAUUGGCAGUGUCAUUCAAGCAUGGUAUGUCAUGGGUCGACUUGGUGCCUUCAAUUCUUCAAAUUUGCAGAUAUCAAGUUCAUCAUCAAUGGACUAUGAUCCUCUCUAUGAUUCAGACAAGCCUUUCAAAAUCAUGCCCUCAUCUUUCCAUGAUAUUAGUGACGUCGAGUUCCAGGAUAAUUGGGGACGUGUCUGGGUGGACUUGGGUACGGCUGAUUAUUUUGCCAUUGAUGUGCUUCUCAACUGCCUAACUGGUUUAAGCUCAGAAUAUCUUGGUAUCCAACAAAUUGUUUUUGGUGGUCGGUGCAUGGGUGAUUGGGAAGAGGGGAUGACAAACCCUGAGUAUGGUUACAAGUACUUCAAGAUAUAAACAGGGACUGGCUGCAGUUCAUCCCUUUCACUCGAUUUUGGUUCAAAAUAUGACAGCAAAAGGUUCAGUAACUAUAUGCAUUGAUAAGAACAUGUCCUUGGAUGAGGUGGUUAUUUUAACUCCCUAAGUUGUGGUUGUUUGCGCCGGAUAUGAAUUUUCAUACUGUAAGUAGGCAAGUAGCCAAAAAGCCUUGAGAUUCAACUGUGUUUUGUUGUGCUGACAUUGGAAAUAAUAGAUUUAGUGAUGAGAAUAGAAUAGGAGCGGUUUGUGAUACUUUUUCCAUUUCAAAUAUGAUAUUAAAAUGGUGUAUCAAAAUAGAGGUAGAUUUAUUGUUAAAUUAGUUUGAUACUUUGAUGAUGUGAAAUGUAAAACAAGUGUAUUCAGCGCUUAGUAAUAAUGUUUGUAUUCUAGAUUAAA